CACACACAUAUUGUCCUAAUUGUUAUACCCAAAUCGUAUUAUCUCAACCUUGUUCAUAUCAACCGUUGUGCUUCUAUCCCCAGAAAUUUGGCCCAAAACUAACCUUCUUCAACCUUCCUUCUUCCCAACAAAAUGAGCUCACACCUGUAAAUUUCCAACACCCAAUUCACCUCCCAUCUCCAAUUCUCCAUAGCAAUGCUAUCCCUAAAACCUCCAUUUUCCCCUCACUCUCUCUCUCCUUCCAACAACCCCUUCUUCUCCUUCAAACCCCUCCUUAAACCCUACUUUUCCCCACCUCAAAAACCCCAUUUCACCUCCAUUAAAUCACUUCUUCAAUACAAUCGUAAACCCGAACUCGCCGGAACCACCCCUAGAGUCGUCGUCAUCACCUCCGGCAAAGGCGGCGUUGGAAAAACCACCACCACUGCUAACAUCGGCAUCUCCCUCGCUCGUCAUGGAUUCUCUGUUGUCGCCAUUGAUGCCGAUGUUGGGCUUAGAAACCUCGAUCUUCUUCUGGGUCUUGAGAAUCGUGUGAAUUACACUGCUUUAGAGGUUCUUAAUGGCGAUUGUCGUCUUGAUCAAGCGUUGGUUAGGGAUAAGAGGUGGUCCCAUUUCGAGCUUCUUUGUAUUUCUAAACCCAGAUCGAAAUUGCCAUUAGGGUUUGGCGGAAAAGCCCUAAUUUGGCUUGUUGAUGCCCUAAAACAUCGAAAUGAGGGAUCCCCAGAUUUUAUUAUAAUUGAUUGUCCUGCUGGAAUUGAUGCUGGGUUUAUCACCGCAAUUACGCCGGCGAAUGAGGCGAUUUUGGUUACGACACCGGAUAUUACGGCGUUGAGGGAUGCUGAUAGGGUUACUGGAUUGUUGGAGUGUGAUGGGAUUAAGGAUAUUAAGAUGAUUGUUAAUAGGGUUAGAACUGAUAUGAUUCAAGGGGAAGAUAUGAUGUCUGUUUUGGAUGUUCAGGAGAUGCUUGGGUUGGCGCUUCUGGGUGUAAUUCCGGAUGAUACCGAGGUUAUUCGGAGCACAAAUCGAGGGUAUCCUUUGGUUUUGAAUAAGCCCCCGACAUUGGCCGGAUUGGCUUUCGAGCAAGCUGCUUGGAGGCUUGUGGAACAGGAUAGUAUGACCGCGGUUAUGGUUGAGGAGGAGCCCAAGAAACGCGGCUUCUUUUCGUUCUUUGGAGGAUGAAGUGAGGUUUGGACAAUGUAGUUAUAGGGAUCAUGUGGAGGAGGUCAAUUGUUGGAGCUUGGAUUAUGAAUUUGCUUUGAGAAGUUUUGUGUACAGAUGCUAGGUACGGGAUUUUUUAACUAAAAGUUUAUUUUGGAAUUCAAUUUGCUGUCGUUUUUUUUCUCUAUGAAGUAGCUAGAAUAUUGGAAUGCAGCUUUGGAUAAUUGUAUCAUGAAAACUUUGUAACUUUUGUUGCAUUAAUUUGAAUGGAAUGUUAUGCAUUGUUGAAUCAUUUUUUGUUUA